AGCUGAUACUGAUGAUUCAAGGCCUUCAAAACAUGAGGACUUAAGUUCUGGUACCAAGACUGUCCCGAAACUAAACUUAAGAAAGCAAAUGGCUGCUUUUCUGCGACCCAAGAAAGCAAAAUGUGGUCUUGUGAGCCAAGAAGAUAGACCUUUAUUUGCUGACAACAAUUUUGCAAGGGAAGAUAAGACUGAAACUCUCUGUAAACCAUCCGUCAAUGUCUCUGACUAUUCUCCUCUUGCUUUUGUAUCACCCGAAACUCCUCAAACGUCUUCAGCAAUGCUUGGUGUUACAAAGACUGUCCCGAAACUAAACUUAAGAAAGCAAAUGGCUGCUUUUCUGCGACCCAAGAAAGCAAAAUGUGGUCUUGUGAGCCAAGAAGAUAGACCUUUAUUUGCUGACAACAAUUUUGCAAGGGAAGAUAAGACUGAAACUCUCUGUAAACCAUCCGUCAAUGUCUCUGACUAUUCUCCUCUUGCUUUUGUAUCACCCGAAACUCCUCAAACGUCUUCAGCAAUGCUUGGUGUUACAAAGACUGGAAAAGAAAGGAAGCAGCACACGAGUAAUAAAAUGGAAGGAGCAGAAAACAUAUAUGAUGCUGCUGCUGCUGCUGCUGCUCCUGCUCUUGGUACUGCUCUUGCUGUUGCUGCUGCUGCUGCUGCUGCUGCUCCUGCUGCUGGACUAAUUCAACAAAGAAAGACUGGAAAAACUGAUAACCACCUGUUUCCUACUACGCAGAAUGAAGAUUCUGAUAGGUAAGCCUAUAGCAAUAUUUAAAC